AUGGCAGAAGACGACCCAUAUUUGGGAGGGCAUGACCAAAUGUUUCAUCUGGAUCCUCUGAAUCAUACAAUGUUUAGUCCAGAAUUAUUUCAACAGGAGAUGCCACUGCCAGCAGCAGAUGGCCCAUACCUUCAAAUAUUAGAGCAACCUAAACAGAGAGGAUUUCGUUUCCGUUAUGUGUGUGAAGGCCCCUCCCACGGAGGACUCCCCGGUGCGUCUAGUGAAAAGAACAAGAAGUCCUACCCUCAGGUCAAAAUCUGCAACUAUGUGGGACCUGCAAAGGUUAUUGUUCAGUUGGUCACAAAUGGAAAAAACAUCCACCUGCAUGCACACAGUCUGGUGGGAAAACAUUGUGAGGACGGCAUCUGCACUGUGACAGCUGGACCCAAGGACAUGGUGGUCGGCUUUGCAAACCUGGGUAUACUUCAUGUGACAAAGAAAAAAGUGUUUGAAACACUGGAAGCACGAAUGACAGAUGCCUGUAUAAGGGGCUACAAUCCCGGGCUUUUGGUGCACCCUGAUCUUGCCUAUCUGCAGGCAGAAGGCGGAGGAGAUCGGCAGCUCACAGAUCGGGAAAAAGAAAUCAUCCGGCAGGCAGCUCUUCAGCAGACGAAGGAGAUGGACCUCAGCGUGGUACGGCUCAUGUUUACAGCUUUCCUUCCAGACAGUACCGGCAGCUUCACGAGGCGUCUGGAACCCGUGGUGUCGGACGCCAUCUAUGACAGCAAAGCCCCCAAUGCAUCUAACUUGAAAAUAGUAAGAAUGGACAGGACAGCUGGAUGUGUAACUGGAGGGGAAGAGAUUUAUCUUCUCUGUGACAAGGUUCAGAAAGAUGACAUCCAGAUUCGAUUUUACGAAGAGGAGGAAAAUGGUGGAAUUUGGGAAGGAUUUGGAGAUUUUUCCCCCACGGAUGUUCAUAGACAAUUUGCCAUUGUCUUCAAAACUCCAAAGUAUAAAGAUGUCAACAUUACAAAACCAGCCUCUGUGUUCGUCCAGCUUCGGAGGAAAUCUGAUUUGGAAACUAGCGAACCAAAACCUUUCCUCUACUAUCCUGAAAUCAAAGAUAAAGAGGAAGUGCAGAGGAAACGACAGAAGCUGAUGCCCAAUUUCUCGGACAGUUUUGGCGGUGGUAGCGGCGCUGGAGCUGGAGGCGGGGGCAUGUUUGGCAGCGGUGGUGGAGGUGGGGGCGCUGGGAGUGCUGGCCCAGGGUAUGGCUUCCCCCACUAUGGAUUCCCCACGUAUGGUGGAAUUACCUUCCAUCCUGGAACCACUAAAUCUAACGCUGGGAUGAAGCAUGGAACCAUAGACACACCAUCUAAAAAUGACCCUGAAAGUUGUGGCAAGAGUGAUGACAGAGAGGUUGUAAAUCUCUCCAAGCAAGUAACAGAAACCACAGAACAAGAUGGAGAGUCCUGCAAGGGGGGCACUGAGGCUAACCUGACGUGCUCGGUAGGAGUAAGAGAAGAGAACUGCAGCUUCCAGGAUAACCUCUUUCUGGAGAAGGCCAUGCAGCUGGCCAAGCAGCACGCCAACGCCCUCUUUGACUACGCAGUGACAGGAGACGUGAAGAUGCUGCUGGCGGUCCAGCGCCAUCUCACUGCCGUGCAGGAUGAGAACGGGGACAGUGUCUUACACUUGGCAAUCAUCCACCUUCAUAAUCAGCUUGUGAGAGAUCUCCUGGAAGUCACAUCUGGCUUGAUUUCUGAUGAAAUUAUCAACAUGAGAAAUGAUCUCUACCAGACCCCCCUGCACCUGGCAGUAAUCACCAGACAGGAAGCUGUGGUGGAGGACUUGCUGCGGGCUGGUGCUGACCUGAGCCUUCUGGACCGCUUGGGUAACUCUGUUUUGCACCUCGCUGCCAAAGAAGGACAUGAUAAAAUUCUCGGUAUUUUACUCAAGCACAAAAAGGCAGCACAGCUUAUUGACCACCCCAAUGGGGAAGGUCUGAAUGCCAUCCAUGUAGCCAUGAUGAGCAACAGUUUGCCGUGUCUGCUGUUGCUGAUGGCUGCGGGGGCCGAUGUCAACGCCCAGGAGCGGAAGUCGGGGCGCACGGCGCUGCACCUGGCCGUGGAGCAUGACAACAUCUCCUUGGCUGGCUGCCUGCUCCUGGAGGGUGAUGCCCACGUGGACAGCACCACUUAUGAUGGAACUACACCCCUGCACAUAGCUGCCGGGAGAGGGUCCACCAGGCUGGCGGCUCUUCUCAAAGCAGCAGGAGCAGAUCCCCUGGUGGAGAACUUCGAGCCUCUGUACGAGCUGGAUGACUCCUGGGAUGAGGAUGGAGAGGACGAAGGGGUCGUACCGGGAACCACUCCUCUGGACAUGGCCACCAGCUGGCAGGUGUUUGACAUAUUAAAUGGGAAACCCUAUGAGCCAGAGUUUACAUCUGAUGAUUUGCUGGCACAAGGAGACAUGAAACAGCUGACUGAAGAUGCAAAGCUGCAGCUCUACAAGUUGCUAGAAAUUCCUGAUCCAGACAAAAACUGGGCUACUCUGGCACAGAAAUUAGGUCUGGGGAUACUGAACAACGCCUUCCGGCUGAGUCCUGCUCCUUCCAAAACCCUCAUGGACAACUACGAGGUCUCCGGGGGCACCAUAAAGGAACUGGUGGAGGCCCUGAGACAGAUGGGCUACACCGAGGCCAUUGACGUGAUCCAGGCAGCCUUCUGCACCACAGACACCAGCUCUGCCAAGACCGCCUCCCAAGCCCACUCGCUGCCGUUCUCCCCCGCCUCCAAAAGGCCACAGAUAGACGAGCCCCGGGACGACAGCAUCUGUGACAGCGGUGUAGAGACCUCCUUCCGCAAACUCAGCUUCACGGAGUCUCUGACCAGCGGCACCUCCUUGCUAACUCUUAACAAAGUGCCCCAUGACUACGGGCAGGAAGGACCUAUAGAAGGCAAAAUUUAG